AUGUUGCCCUUGGUGAGGGCCUGGAGCUCUAGUUUCGGGUUUAUAUGUCUCAGUAAUUUUAAUGUUUUAAUAUAUAUAUUCCAGUCGAAAGAGAAAAUGACACGUGGAGUGCGACGCGGCUGCGUGCGUCUGCGAGCUGCCGUCAUUGGGAUUGAUGAUGAAGACGAUUCCACAUUCACCAUCACCGUUGAUCACAAGACCUUCCAUUUUCAGGCCCGUGAUGGCUCCGAACGCGAACGCUGGGUUCGUGCGUUGGAAGACACGAUAGCCCGUCACGGUCGACGCGAGCGAUGGUCGCGUUGCGUUCCUGCGCCCGCACAUCGACAUGGCGAUUUGGAACGACGUAUAUCUGAAGCGGACGCGUACCUACAGAUUAUGAUCGAGCUUGUUAAUAAGUUAAAUUUCAAAGUAUCAGAAAUUACGGACCCUCACGAAAAGAGCAGAGGUCAAGUUGUAUUGGACCACUCUAACGCUAUGUUGGACAAUAUCAAACAUUCCAUAGUACUAUUACAAAUUGCUAAGAACACAGUCAAUCCGGUAAACGGCGUGUAUCAAGGACCAACGAACCUUUCACAAUCACAUAUCAAAGAAGAUUUAUCACCACGCGUGGAAUUGGGAUCAGAAUGUCGUGAACUAGCCUCACCAACACUGCCACUCACACCAUUGGAUGCUAUGGAUGCGCCACGGCAAGCGAUGUCUCUCCUAGUACCAGACACGUCCUAUUCAUCUUCCGAAGGCGAAGACGACUUCUACGAUGCCGACGAAGAACCGUUACCAGCCGUAGCUCCUGGUCCCAGCUCCAAACCUCGCGAAAUACGAGCUCGUAAAAGUGCUGUGAAGGGUCGAAAACUAAGGGCGGGUACACAAGAACCUUAA